GUUCCAGGUUUUUGACUGUCGCUACGUCACAACAACGAGUGGUAUGUUCGAGGCCUUGUGCAACCACAUCAAAUAUAGCACAAACAAAGGGAAUAUAAGGUCUGCCAUAACGGUAUUUCCACAACGAACAGACAACAAGCACGACUUCCGGGUUUGGAACCAGCAGCUGAUCGGCUACGCAGGCUACAAACAACCCGACGGUUCUGUGAUCGGUGAUCCCAUCAACGUUGAAUUCACGGAGAUCUGCACCAGGCUGGGAUGGAAAGGCACAGGAGGAAAAUGGGACAUACUGCCCAUAGUGCUCAGCGCGAAUGGCCACGAUCCUGACUACUUCGACAUACCUAAGGAGUACAUCUUGGAGGUGCCUCUCAGUCAUCCAACCUACGAUUGGUUCGAAGGCCUAGGCUUAAAAUGGUAUGCUCUACCUGCAGUCUCCAACAUGAUGUUCGACUGCGGAGGCAUCCAGUUUACUGCAGCCCCGUUCAACGGAUGGUACAUGAGCACGGAAAUCGGAUGCAGAGACCUGUGCGAUGCUACCAGGCUCAAUAUGCUGGAGACCAUAGCUCUGAACAUGGGCCUAGACACCCGCACUCCCAUCACCCUAUGGAAAGACAAAGCCAUGGUGGAAGCCAACUUGGCAGUGCUUCACAGCUUCCAGCAGAAAGGUGUCACCAUCGUUGACCAUCACACGGCUUCCGAGUCCUUCAUGAAGCACCUCGAAAACGAGGUUAGGCUCAGAAACGGGUGUCCAGCAGACUGGGUUUGGAUUGUGCCACCACUGUCUGGAUCUGCAACACCGGUGUUCCACCAGGAGAUGGCAUUGUACUAUUUGAAACCGUCUUACGAAUACCAGGUUGGUCAACAGAAAUAUUCUUUGUAG